AUGGCCGAUGAAAUCAAACAGAAGAUUGCCACCAUCUUUGAGAAUAAUCAGAAAUGGGUCUCGGCCAAGAAAGAGGGUGAUGCGGCCUUCUUUGACAAGUUGGCGCAGGUCAAACUCCCGAGUAUCUUCCCCAAUAUCGAUCUGAACGUCAUGUCCGUGGUCAACUAUGCCGUCCGCCACCUGGGCGUCAAACACAUCAUCGUCUGUGGCCACUACAACUGCGGCGGGGUCAAGGCCGCGCUGACCCCAACUGAUCUGGGCCUGUUGAACCCGUGGCUGCGCAACAUCCGCGACGAUGAGACGAAGCGGUACAAUCGGCUGGUGGAGUUGAAUGUGAUUGAGUCGUGUCGCAAUGUGAUCAAGACGGCGGCGGUGCAGCAAAGUUAUCGACAGAAGCAGUACCCGAUUGUGCACGGGUGGGUGUUUGAUCUGCAGGAUGGCUUGCUGCGGGAUUUGAAGAUUGAUUUUGAGGAUAUGUUGAAGGAUGUCAUGAAGAUUUAUCAUUUGUCGGAGGAUUCGUUGCACUCGGAGACCUCGGGGGGUGCCUAG